AGGCCACAAUUGGAAUAGACUUCCUGUCAAAAACGAUGUACUUGGAGGACCGAACGGUGAGGUUGCAGCUGUGGGACACGGCUGGACAGGAACGCUUUAGGAGCCUCAUUCCCUCCUACAUACGAGACUCUACUGUGGCCGUGGUGGUUUAUGAUAUUACAAAUGUGAACUCCUUCCAGCAAACGUCCAAAUGGAUCGACGACGUCAGAACAGAGAGAGGAAGUGAUGUCAUUAUCAUGCUAGUUGGCAACAAAACAGACUUGGGAGACAAGAG